AUGGCAGAAGGAACGCGUUCGUAUGCUCAAAUAGUAGAUUCAAUGAAUCACUUACAGCAACAACAAGAACGUCAGCAAAAGCAGAUCGAAGAUGCGAUUUGUUUAUUGUUGAAGCAGCAAGAGGCGGCGAGAUUGGAAAGAGAAACACAAGACAAAAAAAUUCAAGAGGUUUUACAACAAAUCUCUAAGAUUUCUUGUCACGAUUCGAUUCUGAAGAUCCUGGAUGCUAGUGAGGCAGGAACCUUUCUUUCUUGGGAGGAAUUCAUCAAGGCUGUUCAGAUCCGUUUUGGAUCUACUCCGUAUGAUGAUCCUAUGGAGUCACUUACUCGACUCAAGCAGGUUAGUACAGUUAAUGAUUACAAAUCUGAGUUUGAGAUCUUUUCCAAUCGUAUUAGAGGCUUUUAUGAGAAAAACAAGUUGAGCUGUUUUUUGAGUGGCCUGCGAGAUGAGAUCAGAUUACCUGUUAGGAUGUUGAAUCCUUUAUCCUUGAAUGAUGCCUUUGGUUUAGCCAAAAUUCAGGAACAGUAUGUGGUGAGUAUAAGGAGACCUUGGAGAAAUUCACUUACUGAUUCGAGUAAGUUUAGUCCAGAGUCGAAUUUGUUAAAUUCUGGACAAACUCCUUCACUGUUAGGAGCACCACGAGUUUCUCCUUUACCUAGGCUUCCUUAUCAUAAGGUGUCUGAGUCUCAGAUGGUGGAAAGGCGUAGAAAAGGCCUUUGCUAUUUCUGUGAUGAUAAAUGGCAACCAGGUCAUAAAUGUGCAAGGCCAAAGUUAUUUUUACUAGAAGGUAUGGAAUUUGGUGAGUCAAGUGGUGAAGAAAAUGUUGAUGCUACUGGUGAGUUGGUUGUUGAACCUGUGGAAGUUGAAGCUGAGAUGGCUUCUAUUUCAUUACAGUCUAUGGUAGGUGGAGGAAGACCUAAGACCAUGAGACUUAUGGCUUGUAUUGGCAAGAAGAAGUUGAUAAUUUUAAUUGACACUGGUAGCACACAUAAUUUUGUGGACACUGUGGCUGCUGCUCGAUGUAAAUUACAUGUACAACUUGGCCAGACUAUUAGUGUUAAAGUGGCUAAUGGUUGGACAGUACCUCAGUCAAAUCUUAUUGAUGAUGAGGAGUCCUUUGAGACUUUUGGUUGUGGAAGUAAAGGCAUUUUCCUGCAGAUAGUGGCUUGUAGUUCCAUUGAACUUCCAUCAUUGCAGAAUGUACAAGUGCAGCAACUUCUGCAGCAGUAUAAGGAAGUUUUUAAUGAACCUACUGGAUUGCCACCCAAUAGGUCUCAUGACCACAAGAUCAAUUUGAAACAAGACAUUUCUGCUAUCAGUGUUAGACCUUAUAGAUAUCCUUUUUACCAAAAACCAGAAAUUGAAAAAAUUGUUAAGGAGCUCUUGAACUCUGGGGUUAUUAGGCCAAGUCAGUCACCCUUCUCAUCUCCUGUGUUGCUAGUCAGGAAGUCUGAUGGCACAUGGAGAAUGUGUAUUGACUAUAGGGCUUUAAAUGAAGCCACUAUUAAAGACAAAGCUGGUUAUCAUCAGAUACGUAUGAGAGAUGAGGAUAUUCCUAAGACUGCCUUCAGAACUCAUGAAGGGCAUUAUGAAUUUCUUAUAAUUCCCUUUGGUCUCACCAAUGCCCCUUCAACAUUUCAGGGCCUUAUGAAUGAAGUUUUCAAGCCAUUCCUUCGACAGUUUGUCAUUGUUUUCUUUGAUGACAUACUGGUUUACAGCAGUGACAUAUCUGCUACAAACUCUUUUAAUGCAUUGAAAGCUGCUGUCACUAGCCCUUCUGUUCUUGCCUUGCCUGACUUCACCAAAGCAUUUGUUAUUGAGUGUGAUGCUUGUGCAACUAACAUAGGAGCAGUUCUGAUGCAAGACCAAAGGCCCUUAGCUUUUUUCAGUCAAGCCUUGAAAGGGAAAAACUUAAUUCUUUCCACUUAUGAGAAAGAACUUCUAGCCUUAGUGCUAGCUGUUAAGAAAUGGAGGCCAUAUCUUUUAGGAAGUGCUUUUGUGAUCAAAACUGAUCACCAUAGCCUUAAAUAUUUGCUUGAGCAGAAGAUUGGCACUAUUGCUCAGCAAAGAUGGCUUUCUAAGCUUCUUGGUUAUGAAUUUUCUAUUGAGUAUAAGCAAGGGGUGGAGAACAAGGUGGCUGAUGCCUUGUCUCGAAAGGAUCAGGUGGAUGAGUUUGGAGAGUUGGCAGCAUUGUCAUUUCCCACACCAACAUGGCUCUCAGAAUUGAAAGAAGCUUAUGCUACAGAUCAGGACACAUAG